UUGAGGAUACUUGCUACAAUGUACCAGUAACAAAUGGGACAUUAAUUUACUGAAAACAUUGUAUGAAGGUUGGUUAACGAAGUAAACGUAUUUUUCAAUUAUCACCCGACCAUUCACAAUGAACAGCAUUUUGUUUGUUACGAAACAUUUUAGUGACAAGAGAAUGGGACAUUGGAACAAAUCCUGCCCAAAACGAUUGACUAACUAAAAGGAAUAAUUUAAGUGUUCAUGUGUAAAAGUGUUUAAAUUAAAAUCAGUAUAGCUUCCAUGUGGUGAAUGGAAGUGAUACAGAACAUACAUGUAUUUCAAUAUGGAUCUCAUGUUGUUCAAACGUUUGUUUUUACUUCUUUGUAUGACUCAAACAGUUGACUGUUGGAUUGGAAGAGUUCAAAAUAAAUCGAACCUGGUGACAAAGUAUGUAGAACUUUGUGGUAGUGAAUUUCUUUGCCCUGCGGACAACUCUCGGCCUAGUUCCAAAAACGAAAGGAGUGAUUUGGUAACGAAAAAUUGCCCCCAAUGUUUUUGCAACGAUGAAUGUGAAGUAAAUCGCAAUUGCUGUCCGGAUAAGAUUCUUAGCACCACGUGUGUUCAGACAAAGCUUUUUGUCAAUAAACAAUACUUUAUUGAUGAAAAUCAAUAUUUGAUGGUUUCUUCAUGUCCAGUAACAGAUAAAGACUUUUACGGACAAAAUUGCAAUUUUCCAAUUGAACAGAGUAAUUUCCUUAACCAGGUUCCGGUUUAUUCUCCUAUAACAAAUAAGACUUACGUAAAUAUCCAGUGUUCUAAGUGCAAUGGAGAGGAUGAGGUCAUACCAUGGACUUAUUUUAUUUCGUGCCCACGUAAAAAAGUAGAUCUAGAUGUAUAUUCCGACGCUGGUCAUUUGUGGUAUGGUAUGCAGCAGAAUGAAUGUGCUAUAAAUUAUAUGCCUCCCUUAAAAAGCAAUCCCAAGCGCUGUAGAUCACUACCCGUAGUAGCCGAAUGCAAUAUCACAGGAACAUGGGAACAAUAUGACGAUGACGUGUUGAAUGCAUGCAGGCAAUAUCGAAAUCAGUAUGGUGUGUUUCAAAAUGUCUUUUGUUUUAUUUGCAACACUGAAGCACAGCAAGGAGCGACAUCACUCUCCCUCGAUGAAUGUUCAAACCAUACAACUUGUCCGCAGUACGUCAAUAAUACUCAAAAUGCGAAAAACAAUUCAAAAGAUUACGCAACCCGGUACAACAAAAACGUGUAUACAUAUACAGAUGCUCUAGUUAACAUUACCGAAAAGUACAACUCAGCAGAAAAUGAAUACACCGCCGAUGUCAACAUGCUGUCUUGGAAUCUUGGUGACGAUAUAGGCAAUUAUCUACCCCUCAAUAAUAUUACAAUAGAGACAUCAGAUUCUCAUAUUGUGAAUCUGACUUCUUUAUACGAGGAGUAUGUGAGAGCAGGUGGAUAUGAAAACUGGUGCCAUGAAAAUCAUCAAAUAGAUAAAAUAUAUCCAGGUUUUAAGGCAAGGAAAAACUGUUUGUGUGAAGAAAAUUGUUACAAAUACUCAUUGUGUUGUCCUGAUGUUGCCUUUUAUGAACACAGGGCAUGUGUUCCAGGUUUUAUGGAUCAAAAUUUGGACUCUAAAACACCUGGAGCAUACUACUUUCUUAUUAGCCGAUGUCCUGUAAGUUAUACAUACACUUACAUAAAAUCAAGAUGUGAAGAACUUUUCGAUUACGACGUGUUCAACAUUCCAGUGACUGAUGUCCAAAGAAAUAUAGCAUAUAAAAAUAUUUACUGUUUUUUAUGUCAUAAUCAACUAGAAGAUGUUAAUCUGAAUUUGACCGAUGUGAAAGCGUGGAAGGUGAAACUCGUUUGUCCUCUUGUUGUAUUUCCGAUGUACAUGAAAUCGUACACUUCUUUGUUACAAGCUGCGAUACUUAGUAACUGUUCUGUUCAAUUUUCAAGUGCGGAUAUAGUCGACCGUUGUGAACCGGAAACUUAUGACACAAUAAACAAAUGCAAUGUCACUGGUCUUGUUAAAUCAGUGAGUGAAAAUGCCCGAAAAAUGUGUGAAAAUACUGGCAGACUGGUAAUGAAGAAAUCCCGCAACUAUCUUUAUAAAAACCAGAUAUGUGAUCUUUGCAACAGCGAAACUUUUGAGGACCCUGUCGGAUUUUGUUUUACAGAAAACCAACAAAAUAUAUCGUAUGUCAAUGGAUGUAGAUUUGACAUUCUAGAUAUGCAGGCCUAUCCAUUUAAAAAUAAUUUUUGUUGGAAAUGUAAUGCGUUUUAUACAUCCAGAGAUUUCGAUUUAAAUGAGAUUAGGGUGUCGUAUAGAGACUUGUUUUCCUUUUCUGAAAAGAAAACUUACAAUGUUAAAUCUCUGGAAUCACACUGCAGUGAAAAAGAAUUUAAAGAUGUUUUAAAGAAUACUUGCAGGGAGUUGUUGUGCUCAAGAGGAAAAGUUCUGAAAAAUAAUUCAUGUUCUUACCUCGUUCCUUAUGAUAGAGAAUUGCGGUAUAGAUUGGCAUUUAGAGUUUCAAUGUCUUCCUAUUCAAGACAGAAAAGUAUAGGGGCGACAAUCGAGGAUUUUCAAAGAUAUAUUCAACAAGAAAUAAACGAGGGCUUUGUUGAAAUCGAAGAAAAAUAUGUCUUUUCAAACAAAUCAUGCAACUCUUCAGACACAGUAGAAAACGUCACACAUUUUGAAGUUUUAAUGCUCUUACAAUUAAAAAUAAAUAAUAUGAUCUUUCCUAUCGACAGAAACAGUUUGGAGUUGCAUCUUCUUAAUUUGACAAAUACUACUGUACAUCUAGAUGACGUAAAUCUUGAAUUUCAAGAGAGUGCGGAAGCCUGGAAUCUGCCAUCAUUUGUUCGCCAAGAUAUGUUUACUAGGGACAGUUGCUACAUGAAAGAUGUAUUAGCUACAUCUGACUCUGAGAAUAGUGUUGUUCCAUUUAUUAACGAUGUUAACAAUUUACUAUUUUGCGUACAGAUACAGCUGAAAAGAAAUGAGUAUGUCUUAUCAGAUGACUACAGUCAUGUUUACGUCGAAACGAUCAAAAGUGAUUUCAAGAUAAAAGAAUUUGUUAAAAGUGAUAAUGGGAGUAUUAGACUUUGUUUGAACUCCUACCAAAAAUUUAUAGAAAAUCGAUUUGAAUUAGAAUCGGAUGCUUCUUUGGUCGAAAUAGUUUUGAUGUGGGUAACAUAUUUAAGUACCAUUUUAUCUAUGUUUGCCCUAUUUGUGACAUUUGUCAUAUACUGCAUUUUGCCAGCGCUGAGAACUAUUCCAGGCAAAAAUUUGAUGUGUUUUGCUUUUUCUCUUUUCUUUGCACAACUGUUUUUCAUUAUAAGGUCUCACAUAACAGACGACACAGCCUGUGCAUGGAUUGGGGGAUUCACUCAUUACUUUUGGAUCUCUGUGUUUACAUGUACCAAUGUGUGUUGCUUUCACAUGUUUAAAUUGUUUGUGAGAAAUUCUCUAGUUCAUGCUAAUACAUCUGCUGAUAGAAAAUUAUUCAUUACAUACUCUUUUAUUUCACUUAUCUUACCCAUGAUUCCUGUUGCUAUCAAUUUAAUAUUAUUUGAAAUCGGUUCUGUAAGUUUCGGAUAUGGAGGAAGCAAAUGUUUCCUUGUAAGUCAUCUGGCUCUUUUAGCUACUUUCAUACUACCUAUAGUUCUUCAGAUAAUUUUUAACAUAGUCAUGUUUUCAAUAACUUUUCAUUUUAUCAAAAAUACACCUAAAGUUCAGGGUUCCCAAGAAAGGAAUGAACUUUCCAUUUUCUUAAAACUCUUUCUGUUGACUGGUGUCUCAUGGUUGUUUAUGAUUGUGGACGGAUUUUUUAAUGUAUCUCCUUUCACAUUUUUGGCCACAAUAAUAAGUGGAUCUUUGGGUGUUUUUAUUUUUAUCUCCUAUGUUUGUCACAAAAAAGUUUUCAAACUGUUAAAAAGAAAAGUGUGUUGUAAAGGUGUCUAUGUUAGCAGCCGUACAAAUAUAUGUUCAGCUACUAAUAGUCCUAGUCAAAUAACUAUGAAAUCUAAACAUACGGGGAAUGAAGAUACACUUAUAUAAUAUUUGUCUCUUCAAUCAUGCAAAGAAAUAUAUUUUUAUUAACUCAACAUACAUUGUGAAACAUGAAUAACAAUUUUAAAAAUAUGCUGAUUUAUCUACAACAUUUUCAUAUUUAUUGUUAUCUUAUUUUACCAGAAAAGUAGUAAUUAUGUCUAACGUCAAAUCAUAGUCUCGAAGAUUAUUUCAAAAUUUACAAUAUCCUGCAUUCAUUCACAAGAUAUGCCGUGUAGAUACCUUUUACAUUGCGUUAUAUAAAAUCCAACUGUUUAAAUGUCAAAAGAAACACAUGUGUGAACAGCUUCAGACAUACCUAUUGUUUCGUUAGGAAAUAAGAAAUACUAGUAAUGUUGAUUGUUACAGUUGAAAUACAUAAAAAUCCAUUUCACAUACUUAAUUAACGUAAUUAUGAGCUUCCAGAAAUUUAAUGGUCGUACAAACCGGAAUAAUCGUAUAUAUUAUAUUUUUAACACGUGGACUUUGAUUGACCGUAAUUGACACGUGCUGAAAACUACAAGAUCUUCGUCCGACUACGGUCAUAAAGGUGCACAGGUUAAAGGGACUCUCUAAACGAAACACAUCAUCACUUUCUCUAUAAUUUAUUAAUGGUUUACCAAUUUCGGUUCAUUUUAAAUGAACAGACAUAAAUGUGUUAAAUAACCCCUAAAAAUGCCUCAUUUUAAAAAAUGAAUCUAGGUUGUAGCAGCUCUUAUGAUAAACACGCAAAAUACAAGCUUACAAAAUAAUAAUUGUUAUUUUAAAUACAUUGAUUAAAUAUUACCUGGGAGAAGUAGAAAAGACAUAUUUUUAUAAACAAACAUGAUCAGGAGAAUCUUUGCAAGCCCUGCAUGUGUUUUGUUUACAGUAAAUACGCAUGCGUAGUAGUAUAGAAGGCUGAACCCCGAUGUUAAAAUGUAUGGGUUAUACGUAAUUUUUAAUUUUAAUUGAAUAAUUAGAUUUAUUUCACAGAGAACUUUGUAAUUUUCUGGACGUUUAUACAUUCAUGAGUAGAACAAAAAUACCGAACCCGAUAGGAACUUUUUUUCAAGUCCGUUUUUUGAUAAGAUGCACCGUACUGUCUCUUUAAAGUACAUACUAUCGUUUAAAGGAGCAUGUGUAGGAUAUAUCGGAUAUUUAUCUCAGUUACAAUUAGCUGGAAAUUUUGAGUACGAUGGAGUUUGGUUUUAAUGGGUGAUUCUAUUCUAUCAACUUCCCUUCUAGAAUAAUCCUUUUUCUAAAACAAUCGUGGAUUAGAUAAGACGUAGUAAAUGUGCAAAAAAAAAAAAUUAACAUUAUUUUUGAUAACGUCAUUAUUGCUUAUAGAUUACGUCACGUUUACGUCAAAUUUGCUCACUAAUAACGUCGUGCUAUUGCUUGCUGCUUUGCUUUUGACUUGCUUGUUUUUGUUUGGGCCGGGGCGGCCCAGCAGAAGCCCCCCCCCCUUCCCAUUUUACUUCAGCAAGAAGCGCUAAAAUAAACUUUUUUCAAGAUAACCUGCUUUCAUGUUAUUUAUCAGGUAUCUGGGAUAACAGCUUUUAUUAAUUUGUAUAAUGAAUUUGUUACUUUUGUAUAAUUAGAUGAAUAGGAAACCUGUAUAUUAAUAUAUAAACAUUUGUUAUAUAUCAGUCAUUGUAGUUUGGAAUAAAAUUGUAUUUUAAGUGUGUAAUUGUUUUUUUCCCCAGAACAUUAAAACAAAACUGGUUAUUGUUU